AUGAUAAUGGGCGUGCAUCUUCCAUUCACCAUGCAGCAUUCUAUGUUCACAUUGUGCCUAUCUAUCUAUCUAUCUAUCUAUCUAUCUAUCUAUCUAUCUAUCUAUCUAUCUAUCUAUCUAUCUUUGUGCCGGGAUAUGUCUUCAUCCCUUAACUCUUAUAAGCGAGAAAAGUCUUUAUUCCUUAAGUCACUUCUCUCACUCUUUGAUUUUCUUCUUGCUUAUCAUCUGAUUUUUCCUUUAACUCUGCUCUUUACACCCACCUCCUUUUUCGGCUCUUGUUUCUGUACCUCCUCCCGUCAUUCAAACCUCAAAGAUCUUCUCACCCUAACUCUUUUUUGCUCUUACUGUUUUCUCUUAGGGUUUACUGAUUUCUUCCUUUUCAUCUUUUUCUUGCUUCUUCUUGUAAUUUGUACUGCAGCAGCAACUGCUAAAACAAUGAAAGCCAAUGCAAAAUUUAAGGCCAACCGACUUCAAGUUGACAAGACGUGUUGGCAGACAGCUGUCAAGCUGUGA